AUGCAGGUCACUGGAAUCAGAAUUGUUGAAAGAAAAAACCAUUCUGCUAUUACAGACUUUAUCCUACUGGAUCUCACCGAUUCCCCAAAAGUACAGAUGCUUCUCUUCUGGUUGUUCACAUUCAUCUAUGUUGCAGCUCUAAGUGCCAACUUUCUCCUUAUCUUUACCAUAUCCACUUUCAAAAAAUUCCACACACCCAUGUAUCUCCUCAUACUCAAUUUAUCCUUAUUGAAUGUAUUUUCUAUUUCAGUUACAAUUCCUAGGUUACUCCAAAGUCUUUUGACCAAUAGAAAAAUGAUUUCAUUUUAUGGUUGCAUCACACAGGUAUUUUUCAUUAUAUGGGCCUUGGGGUCAGAAAUGCUACUUCUUUCAUUUAUGGCUUUUGAUCGCUAUGCUGCCAUCUGUCACCCUUUGCAUUAUACCAUUAUCAUGAGGAAAGAAGUGUGUAUUUUCAUAGCAACCAUUGUAUGGAUUGCUGGAAUGAUAAACUCGGCAGUACAUGCUGGACUUAUGCUGCACGUUUCAUUUUGUGAUUCCAAUGUCAUCAAUCAUUUCUUUUGUGAUAUCCCUCCAAUGUUGAAUCUUGCAUGCUCAGACACCAGUAUAAAUCAAUUUAUGACCAUGCUUGCAAAUGUAGUAUUUGGGAUUUGUAGCUGUGGGUUGACUCUAACUUCUUAUUGUUUUAUACUGAGGAGCAUCUUCAAGAUCCAUUCUGCUGAAGGGAAGAAGAAAGCAUUCUCCACAUGUUCCUCACAUCUCAUUGUAAUCAGUCUUUACUUUACUGCACUAAUCUACACAUACAUCAGGCCCUCUUCAGUGUAUUCCCUGGACAAAGACAAGCUUGUGUCCCUCAUUUAUUUGGUGAUAACUCCAGUUAUUAACCCAAUCAUAUACUCACUGAGAAAUAAAGAUUUUAAAGAAAGAAUGAAAAUUCUCACAGGUUAUCUAAGGUUGCUUCCAAAACCUUAA